CGGGAACAAUCAUGGGGUGGGCUGGGUGAACCUAAACAGGUUACCGAAAUGGUUUCUUAUACAGUAAUGACAUUUUUGACAGCACUAGUUAAGGGUUGAACAGUUUUCUAUGGAUACCAAUAACGCUAAUAAAUCAAAGUAAAGGAGCAAAACUAAGCAUUAGCUCUGGCUUUGCAGUCAUUAAUAGCCAUCGACUGCAUUAAGCCAACACGCGACUGUCUCUCAACUCUCAGAUACUCCUGUGAAGCAUGAACAGGGAGACCAUGGCUUCCCCCUCGGUGAAGUAUACCAUUGGAGGAGUGAAGAUCGACUUCCCCUGCAAGGCGUACCCAUCCCAGCUGUCUAUGAUGAAUUCAAUCGUACGAGGGCUGAAUAAUGGGCAGCACUGCUUGCUGGAAAGUCCGACAGGAAGUGGAAAGAGUUUGGCUUUGCUGUGCUCGGCCCUUGGCUGGCAGCAGGCUCAGUAUGCUAAACCACAAGAUGGGGGCAGCCUGGCGAAGGACAAGAGCCCUCCAGAGAAAAACUGUGGAGACUGUAAGAAGUCGGAAGUCUCCACUCCCUGUAACUGUGUGUGCCACAGCAAAGCCUUCAGGACUGCUGCUGUCAGGAUACCUAAACCUAAUGUGGUGGACCUGACUGUGUCACCCUGCAAAGACACGGUUCAGCUGCAGACUCCUGAACACGUGCCUUUGCCAGAGUCGCCGCAGCCCAGUAAAAAGUCUCUCGCCUCUCGUCUGUCUGAGAAGUUCCAGUCUUUCAUCAGCCCGGACCACGAGAAAGAUGACGACUUCCAGCCAGACAGGAAACGUCUUCGCACUGCUGAACACAAGAGCCGUAAGAGGCAGCGUCUGGAGCAGGGAGUGGUGUUCAUAGAUGACGAUGAGCCGGAGCACGAGUUUCAGUCUUCAGGCCCUCCGAGUUGGACCAUGGAGCCAAAGAGCCAAUCAGCUGCUCAGUCCUCCUCAUGCUGCUCCCCUGAACCCUGCACCCUGUGCCUGUGUGCGUCCACCAAAGAGGAUGUGAAGGACAAAGCCAAAGAUGGCAAAAAGAAGGUUCCUAAGAUCUUCUUUGGCACUCGCACUCAUAAGCAGAUCACUCAGAUCACCCACGAGCUGAAGCGCACAGUUUACUCCGGCGUGCCCAUGACCAUCCUAUCCAGCCGAAAUCAGACGUGUGUUCACCCAGAGGUGGCGCCUCACUCCAACCGCAAUGAACGCUGCCGGGAUCUACUGGAGGCUAAAGAUGGCAGGUCAUGCCGCUACUACCACGGUGUCCAAAGGAUGCGGGAUCAAUGCUCACUACAGCGGGUCCACGGACUUUCUCAAGCCUGGGACAUCGAGGACAUCGUCACACUGGGUAAACGGCUCCGGGCGUGCUCCUACUAUGCUGCCCGUGAACUCAUGCAGGAGGCCUCCAUCGUCUUCUGUCCAUACAACUACCUGCUGGACCCAAUGAUCAGAGAGAGUAUGGAGAUUGACCUGGCUGGUCAGAUUGUGGUUCUGGAUGAAGCUCACAACAUUGAGGACUGUGCGAGGGAGAGUUCCAGCCUCAAUUUAGACCACAGCAGUCUGCUGGCAUGUAGGGACGAGCUUGACGGCAUGGUGAACAUCAACAUCAGACGAUCCCAACACGAGCAACUCGGGAACUUCUGCUACAGCCUCAUCAACUGGAUCCAGGAGAGCCAAGGCUUGAUGUCUGAACGAGGAUAUGAGACUUCCAGUAAAGUCUGGAAUGGGAAAGAUGUGCUGGGCAUCUUUCACAACCUUGGCAUCACUGCUGACACCUUCGGCCUUCUGAAGCAAAACCUGGCAGCAGUUUUGGAGAAGGAGGAGCGUGUUGGUGUGAUUAAUGGAAAAGAGGAUAUGGUUCAGGUCCCAAUAAUCAGCUCGGCUUCCUCCAUGGUCCUCAAAAACCUCUUCAUGGUGCUGGGCUUCAUGUUCUCUUCUGAUGACAACGGCAGCUUUGCUGAAGACUACCGGGUAGCUCUGCAGAAGAGCUACCCCUGGACGAACCAGGUCCCAGCUGAUGUCCCCGAUGCCCAUGGCUUUUUCGUUCGGCCUCGCGGAAGACAACUCCAGAUAGCCAGAGUCAAGAAAGAAGUCCUCACACUCAGCUUCUGGUGCCUCAACCCUGCUGUGGCUUUCUCUGACCUGAGGAAGUCUGUGCACAGCAUUGUGCUGACAUCAGGAACCCUGUCACCCAUGGGCUCCUUUUCCUCUGAACUGGGAGUGAAGUUCACCAUCCAGUUGGAGGCCAACCAUGUUAUCAACAAGUCCCAGGUUUGGGUGGGCACUGUUGGUUCAGGACCCCAAGGCAGAAAGCUGCUCGCCACCUUCCAACACACUGAGACGUACGCCUUCCAGGACGAGGUGGGGGCGCUGCUGCUCCAUGUCUGCCAGGUCGUGGCCAAGGGUGUCCUCUGCUUCCUGCCUUCUUACAAGAUGCUUGACAAGCUGCGGGACCGAUGGAUCAACACAGGUGUCUGGGAGAAGCUUGAACAACGGAAAGCUGUGAUCACAGAGCCCCGCGGCGGUGGCAAAGGGGAUUUUGAUGAACUCCUGCAGACGUACUACGAUGCCAUCAAGUACUGCGAGGAAAGAGAUGGUGCACUGCUAAUCGCUGUCUGUAGAGGUAAAGUCAGUGAAGGACUAGACUUCACUGAUGACAACGCCAGGGCUGUGGUCACCAUUGGAAUUCCCUUCCCAAACAUCAAAGAUCUCCAAGUGGAACUGAAGAUGAAGUACAAUGACCAACAUUGCAAAUCCAGAGGUCUUCUCUCAGGCAGUCGCUGGUACGAGAUUCAGGCCUACAGAGCUUUGAACCAGGCCCUGGGAAGGUGUAUCCGCCACAAGAAUGACUGGGGUGCCCUGAUUCUAGUGGAUGAACGUUACCGGAACAAUCCCAAUAAGUACAUCACAGGUUUGUCUAAAUGGGUUCGCCAGCUUGUCCUGCAUCAUGACAGCUUCGGCAAUGCCAUGCAGUCUCUGGCAGCGUUCUCUGAGGUUCAACAGAAGGCGUCGGUGACUCUGGCAGACAGUCAGACCCUCAGCUCUACGGCCUCAUCUCCAAACAGUCUCUUGUCAGUGACUCUGGAGUGCGAGGGUCCGCCCAAAGCUGCAGAACCCCACACACCAAGCUCAUGUGUCAAACCACCUGUACCCAAGCUGGACACGAGCCCAACAAGCGUCGAUUUCUUUUCUCGUACACAGUUAAAAGCUGAACAACAAGAAAAAGGAGAACGGUUGAAUACGAUGCGCAGCACCCCAGCGAAGCCCUCACAUCAAAAAAGAAAAACAGAUCUGCCUCUGUACAACAUUUUCAACUCCAGCCCCGUCAGCCACUGCUUCAGGAAGCCAAUCUUUAAAGGAACAGCGGUCAGUAAUUCCAGCCAGCUCUUGGAAACAUCUACAGAUUCAGAGCUCAAGGACAAGCAGCAGAUCUGUUCUCCACAAAAGCAGACUUGUCUUAAGCAAGGGAAUGGAGAUGUUUCCACUGGGGUCAAAUUGGAAGCGCACAAUCAACCCCUUGAGCCUUCUCCACCAACCACCUGUAAAAGCGAACUGCCCUCAGUAGAAGGUACCGAUGAAGAGGAAGAGGACAAAACUGUGUUCUUCACUCCAGAACUUUUUGAGGAGGAAGGCAGCCCACAGAAAGAGAUGGACGCCAGGUCACCUCCCAGGAUGGCCUCAGUGGCAGAGAGCCCUGCCCCGCUGUCGGAAGAACUCUUUGGCUCUGAGCAAGCCCGAGGGCAAGGUACAGCCUCUGCUCUUGAUAGACAGAGUGCUAUUUCAGUUAGUAAGGAGAACACAGGGCUGCCACAGGGACAGCAAGGAGAAAUCAUAGGACAGGACCAAGGUGAGGAAGCAGAGCAGGUGGACACCCAAAGCGGGCAGACCGGAAGGAAGCUUUGCAGGUUGUCCAGGUCCAGGCAGAACGCUCCCCCCAGUACAACAGGUGGAGGCUAUGAAGCCAGGAGUGUAGUGAGUGCCAGUCUUCAGCAGAUUGAGACCAGGAGCAGCCAGAGGAGGGGUAACAAGGCCAGGACAGGUCAGGAGUUAAAGGUGGGGAUUGGGGGUUUGAAGAGCCGACCAUCCAGAGCCAAACCCGUCAGAGGAUACCACUCAAAGAAAGACAGAGUUAAAGGGAACGCUUAUAAGGCUCCUUUGUUGCCAGAGGUUCAGGAUGAUAGCUGCAUUUCCAACCUACAGACCGAGUCAGGAAAGUCCUCUUUGGGUGUUAGGGAAAACCAAACUCUCAAAAAAGGGCCUGGUAGUUCCACAUGGACUGAGUUUGACAUUGUGACCCCCAAAAAAGAAGACAUAAAAGCUCUAGCCGCUGGAUAUAGUGCUACUAGUCCAGCAGAGCAAUGCACAAGAAGUGAGCCAACCAAACCGAAAGCUAUAAAAGUACAGAGAUCUUGCAAGCAGAAGAGCAGGAGAUUUACCAAGACCUUUCCAAACAUAAAUAGAGUCAAAGACCACAAGCCAUGCUCUCUGGGACUCUACUGUUCUAUAUGUGAGAAGGAAUUACUUCCUGUGGCACAUGGUGCACUACGACGCGCUGUUUGUGAAUCUGAACAUUUCGGUUUUCUGAGAAACGACAGAUUUACUCCUUCAAAAAAAAACCGCCUCUGCCAGUGUGCAACAAAUCAGCCAUCACUUUCAGACAACUCAGUGCUCGAAGUCCAAAAUGUGACAUCAUUGAAGGCCCUAAGGACUGCUCUCCAACCCUACUGUGAUAACACUUUAACUGCGUAUAAUGCCAUCUGGGAUACUGAGAAGGGCUCUGUAACCAGAUUUCUUCAGUGCAAAGGCUGUUUGUCCCAGAGCCUAGUGCUGUCAGCAGCGUUAAUCGCAGCAGAUAUCCAUUGCCCUCGAGACAAGGCUCAAGAUAAGAUAUGGUUGGCCCCAGCAGCGGUCCAGUUCUGCUCUCUCAUCCAUAUUCAAAGCUGAGGAUUCAGCAGUCCGGAUUGACGAGAUCACUCAUGGUAGUAGAAUUGUGUAUACAUUAUUGUGUUACAGCCUAAUUUAGAAAAUGAUCUGUGUAAAUCUGUGCACUGUGGCCUUGU